AUGAGUUCAUCGGAGUGUUCGUCUGAAAAAUCUGAAGCUGAAGAAGUGCGACGAAAUAUUCCUGCGGAAGCUGCUGAAAUUAUUCAAAAUUUAGCUUCAAACCGUAUUAAUUUAAUCAAUGAAGAUGUUUUAUUAGUAUAUUUUAAAGAUUUAUUUAAAACGUUGGCACCUUCGACAAUUUGGAGUCGCUGGUCGAUGCUGAGAACUAUGAUUAGUAUUAAUCAAAGCAUCGAGAUUAGAAAUUACAGUAGAUUAAAGACACUAAUUAAAAAUAAUGCUAAAAGUCAUCGUCAGAAGAAGUCAAAAGUAUUCUCAUGGAAUGAGAUAAAGAAGUUUAUCGAUGAGGCACCGGAUAAUGGUUAUUUAAUUGAAAAAGUUGUUGUGAUUUUUGGUAUUACUGGAGCAAUGCGAGGUGGAGAAUUUCCUGAAUUACGAGUACAAGACGUCGAAGAUACCGGCAGUCAGCUGAUUGUUACCAUUUUGAAGACAAAAACAGACUAUCCUCGCACUUUUGUAAUUGGCCCGGAAUACCGCAAUAAAAUUUUGCAGUACAAAGCUCUACGACCUAACAACUCCAAUACGGAUAGAGCAUCAUUAGAAGAUAUAUCAUCGCCACUUGAAAUGGAUCAUGAUAUAGUAAUGGACUAUUUCAAUGAUGAUUUCUCAGCUCCAAUCGAGGAAAAAAAGACUGAGCACUCAAAAUCUUCUUCAAAACCUGUCCGACCGAGUACUCACUCUCCCAAUAGUGGACUGCCUGAUGCGAAGCGGAGGAAAAAAAUUUCUUUAAGAAAUGAUGACAUCCAAAAUAUUUUAAAAAGUAUUCCGGAAAAUGCAAAUAUCAAAUUUGAAAAUUGUAAAUUUGAAUUUCAUUUUCACUAUCAUGAAGACAAAGAAAAUUAA